AUGGCCGCCGCUGCGAAGCCGACAAAAAAUCAGCUCAGACGCGCAAAGAAGAAGGCUCAAAAGACACAGGUAUGUUUUAUGACCGAUUCUCUCGCUACCGGCACUGAUUGCAUCAAGACAACAACAGAAUCGACAUCAGAGCCUCCCCCCCGGGACGACGCCCCAGAACCUCCUCGAGCGGCACUAAAUGGAGAAAAGAUCAAGUCCGAAAACGGCCGAGAUGGCACUGCUGUGUCCGACCCCCUGGUCCUUGACGAGGAUAAUCCUCUUUUCGAAAUCUUCAAAGAUGUAAUGGGCCGGUUCGAGGAGCCCGACAAAGCAGAUCCCGCGCUGAAGCAACCUGAGAAGCCAGAGGUGUAUUUUGACGACGAUGACGACAUCCCAGACGAGGAAGAAGAGCUCGCAGCACCUAAAAUCUCAAAGAAGAAGCGGAAGGAAAUGAACCAACUCUCGGUCGCCGAAUUGAAGGCACUCGUGAAGAGACCCGAACUGGUGGAAUGGACGGAUAUAUCUGCACCAGAUCCUCAAUUAUUGGUGCACCUCAGAGCAUACAGAAACGUCGUCCCGGUACCGAACCACUGGUCUUUGAAACGAGAAUAUCUCUCAUCUAAACGCGGAAUCGAAAAGCCUCCGUUUGCACUGCCAAAAUUUAUACAAGAAACUGGUAUUGCAGAAAUGCGAGAUGCAGUUCUAGAGAAGCAGGAUCAACAGACUCUGAGACAAAAGCAGAGAGAACGUGUUCAGGGAAAAUUGGGGAAACUUGACAUCGAUUACCAAAAGCUUUACGAGGCAUUCUUUCGGUUUCAGACAAAACCCGAAUUGACUAGGUAUGGUGAGGUGUAUUAUGAAGGCAAAGAGUUUGAGACGAACCUGCGGCAUCUCCGUCCGGGCGAAUUGUCCGAUGAGCUAAAGGAAGCCCUCAACAUGCCUCUCGGAGCACCACCGCCAUGGCUUAUCAAUCAACAAAGAUACGGUCCUCCACCUUCCUACCCAUCGCUCAAAGUUCCUGGAGUAAAUGCGCCACCUCCGCCCGGUGCAAGUUGGGGUUUCGCUCCCGGGCAAUGGGGAAAGCCUCCAGUUGAUGAGGCAACCAAUCGGCCGCUCUACGGAGGUGAUAUUUUCGGUGUCUUGCAACAGCAGCAAAACACUCAACAAGGAGAACCAAUCGAAAAAGAGCUCUGGGGUGAGCUACAAGCACAGGAGGAGUCUGAAGCAGAGUCUGAAGAGGAGGAGGAUGACGAGGAAGCAGAUUCUGACGAUGGAGGCGCGGGUGUGGACACUGCUGGUGGCCUCGAAACUCCGAGCGGUCUUAUAUCUUCAGUCCCUACCGAGAUCGGAGGGACCGAGACUGUGUCGGAAUUUGACCUUCGUAAACGUCGUGGUACCGAGACUGAAGAAUCCACUCAGCCACGAUCUGCCUACCAAGUCAUCCCGGAGCGACAGACACGAGUUGAAGGUUUCUUCGGUGGUGACCGUGCAUACGAUCUCAAAGGCGCUCAACAAAAUGGCAGCAAUCUUCCAAUUCUGGGUCAAGAGGACACUCGCAAACGAAAGAAACCAGGCGAUGUUGAUGUUUCGAUGGAUCCAGAUGCGUUGACUGCACGGGAUGGCAUGGACAAGGAGGAUCUUCGCAAGGCGUACGAAGCUCAACGGAAGGCCGAGCAGAAUCCUGGCUGGGAUUUCCAAGAAGACUUAUCUGAGAUGAUUGCUACAGAGAGUCGGAAGAGACAAAAACGAGAUGAAGAAAAAAGGUCGAAAAGAUGA